GACCUGUUUUAUUCAAUUAUCUUUUCAGGCUUUAAAAAUGGGAAGGGUUCAUCAGACACAAAUACCUCCAAGCCUGAAAUCCAGUCACCUAAGACCAAGACAGACUACAUACCCAAAGAGGAGAUCCUGAAGGAACUCGAGGAGAUCGAGAACAAUCUAAACGAACUGGAGAAGAAUGGAGUGGAGUUGGAGAAACGACUCCGUCGCUGUGAGGAAGCGGAGGAUGAGGAUGUCAUGGACGAUCUCAUGGUGGACUGGUUCAACCUUAUCAGAAAUAAGCAAGUUUACAUGAGACGGGAAUCGGAGCUGGUCUACGUCGCAAAGACCCAGGAUCUGGAGGAGCAGCAGCCAGGGGUGGAGGGUGAACUUCGGCGGCUGAUGGAGAAGCCAGAACACCUGAAAACUACGACCGACAGAAAGAGAGAGGCAGAGCUCAUGGAAAAGCUGGUGGAGAUCGUUAAUGAUAGGAAUGCCAUCAUAGAGGGACUGGAUGAAGAUCGGCUGAGAGAAGAGGAAGAGGAUGAGCAGUUGAAUCAGCUGAUGAAGAAUCUUGAUAUAAAGAAACCCAAACCCAAGAAAAAAUCCAUUUUUGGAAAGUUAUUCAGCUGAAAGUCGAAGGAGACAAUGGAAGAAUGAUCUUCAAAGAGACUCCAACGGUCCAGUUUCUGACUGCUGUCUCUGCAAUGCAUGGCUCUUGGUUGAUCAGCCUGAGUGUUUUUAUCUGACAGGAAACGCAUGCGUAGCCCGAAAUAUUAAGCUUGUCCAGAAAUCCAGAUUGAGAGGUUGCUGUAGGUGACAUUGAUUAUGUGUUCUUUGGAAAAGCGUGUCACUUUCCUUAACUUCUGAUAUAUAUUUGGCAUCCUAUACAAAUUCAAAUGAAUUUCCAUUUAAUUAGUCACAAUGGCACAGCAGAGAUGUGUGAUUUUGAAUGAUUUGGUCGUCUGUGGUAAUCUCUUCUUUUUAACAUUUAAAGGGAUUUUAGAAUAUCAAACAGCCACUGCUGCUAAUUCUGUUGCUCCUGUGAGUUGGCUCAGAUUGACUUUACUCAACAUUUUAGGUGAUUCACGCUCCCUCCAUUUCCCUGUAGGGAAGAUGUUUACAAUCUUAGCAAAAUGGAAUGUUGGCAGCGGAUCAAAUUACAUUUUUAAUACACCUAAUCUUUUUUUGAGGGUUUUUUAGAAAUCCAUUUAAUACUGUUAUUUUUAAUUUUUAAUUGGCUGUUAAUGCCCAGACCUAGCUUUGGCGUGGUCUUAAAAGUAAAAAAAUAUAUACAUGCUGUAUUUGUCAGCAAUAAAAAGUAUGUGUAUUAUUGUUGAUGAACACCCGCGAUGUUUAACCCCGCAGAGAAAUGCGGCCACAACAGAAAGGAGGUGUCUGUCAUUUCCUCCAUUAGUCUAUUUAAAAUGCAUUUAUAAACGAAUGAGAUGGUGUGCAAAGUGGUUUUUCAUAACGUGCAAUGGUGCUCUUAUAAUAGUUGUGUUACGGAAGCUAAUGUGUAUUUGGAAUCGCAGGAGUACUCUUGAUUCAUAUUGGAUCUGAAGUUAAGCUACUGUAGCCCUAAACUAACUUUUCGGUGAUGAUGUAUAAUAAUAUGUCCCAGGACUUUUAAAAGCUUCACAGGUAAAUAUAAUCUCAUUAACGGUCUUUGGGUAUCAGAGUUCAGCUUUACUAUAAAUGGCCCGGAAAUGACUGAUGGAGGUAACUGCUGCGCGGUUAGUAGCAGUUUUUAAUCAGAAGGUGGCAGUAUGGGGUUAACAGUAGAGGAACCUCGCAGCCCCAAAUUUGGCCACCGUCCUGCUUUUUUUUAAUGUUUCACUAGUUGUGUAUGUGAUGUAAAUUCCAGAGCUCUACACAGAAGACAUUUUGACUUUUAAUUGUUGUACUGGCUAUUCAGUUCAGUUUCCAUCUUCAUUACAUCCUCCUGUGUUGUACAAUGCAGGCCUUGAAUCAUCACUUCAAACAUAUUUGCCUUUUACAGGCGUUACAAAGGAAAACUUUGCAAUGAUAAUGCUGUUUUUGUAAGGGUUUUUACUCUGCAUAUUUUGGUGUAAAUCUUUUCUCAUGGUCAGUGAAAUCUAACUCAGUAAUGUAUUUUUUCCUUGUCAAAUAAAACCUUUGUUAAUGAAUUACAUUA